GGGCUGCAUAAUCUGCGCGCUCUCGUCCACCACGCAUACAUCGAAGCUGCGUCUCCUGAUGAGCGCGUGAUACGCGCCGUAACAGGUCACGCCGACGAUCCGCUUGCUGUUGUAGAGCGUCUCCAACUCCUCCGAGUGACAAUUUGUAAUCAUGAGCCGUUUCUUUGCAACUGGUUCAGAUUCUGAAUCUGAUAGUGCUUCUGAAGAGGAGCAGGUAGCAAGAGCGCCUGCGACUGCUUUUACUUUUAGCGAUGAUGAGGAAGAGACAAAGCGUGUUGUACGCUCAACAAAGGAAAAGAGAUAUGAGGAAAUUGCAAAUCUUAUAAAACUUAUUAGAAAUUACAAGAAGAUUAAGGAUAUGAGCAGCAUGUUGACCAGUUUUGAGGACUUGAUGCGAGCUUAUCAAAAAGCUUUACCUGUAAUUUCAAAGGAGGAGCUUGGGCAAACUCCGCGAUUUUAUGUUAGAUGUUUGGUGGAAAUGGAAGAUUUUAUUAAUGAAGUGUGGGAAGACCGUGACGGGCGUAAGAAUAUGUCUAAGAAUAAUUCCAAGUCACUCUCAACAUUACGUCAAAAGUUACGAAAAUAUAACAAGGACUUUGAAGAGGACAUUGGCAAAUUUAGAGAGAAUCCCGAUCAGGACGACGAUGAGGAGGAAGAAAAAGCUGACGAAGUCAUAGAAUCUGAAGAAGAAGAGGACAGCGCUAUAGCUUUCAAAAAAGCUGGAUCGGAAGCAAGUGAACCAGAUGUUUCCAAGUUCAAGAAAACCAUAACUGAUGGUGAAGAGGGCAGUGAAAGUGAGUCUGACUGGGGCAGUGAGUCAGACAGUGAAAGCACGAGCAGUGAUGAUGAAGGACAAUAUCAAAAUAUUCGCGAGCGUUUUAUCAAGAAAGCUUUAGCCCAAGAGGAAGACGAGGAUAAAGCGAAGAGAAAGGAGCAACGUAAAGAACGUAAGGAAAAGGAGCGGAAAAAGAAACGCGAUGAGGAUGAUGGUGAAGGAGAAUGGGAGACUGUCAAGGGCGGUGUGGCUAUUCCUUCGGAGAAGCCAAAAAUGUUUGCCAAAGACGCAGAAAUUAAUAUCGGCGCGGUGCUAAAAAAACUUUCUGAGAUAAUUGCAGCCCGCGGUAAAAAGCGCACGGACAGACGUGAGCAGAUAGAGCUCUUACAUGAGCUCCAAAUGAUAGCUGACGCACACAAUCUUGGUUCAGCUGUAACCGUAAAGAUAAAAUUUUCAAUUGUGUCUUCCAUAUUUGACUACAAUCCGAAGGUUUCUGAUGCCAUGAAGCCAGAAUAUUGGUCCAAAAUAUUGGAACGUAUUACUGAAAUGCUGGAUAUGCUACUGAGUAGUUUAGAUAUGGUGAUAGCAGAGACAAUAUCAGAAGAAAUGGAAGAGUUUGAAACUCCUCCAUAUAAAAUGCAUGGUUGUGUAUUAACGCUAGUAGAACGUCUGGACGAGGAAUUUACGAAGUUAUUAAAGGAAUGCGAUCCACACAGCAACGAAUACGUGGAGAGAUUGAAAGAUGAGAAGCAAGUUGCUGCCAUAAUAGAUAAGGUGCAAGAAUAUUUGGAGAGGCAGGGAACUGUGUCUGAACUCUGUCGUGUGUACCUUCGUAAAAUUGAACACUUAUAUUACAAAUUUGAUUCAAAUGUUCUGAAACAGAAGGAUGGUGAACUGGGACCAGACGCAAUUACAUCUGUACAAGUUAUGGAAAAGCUAUGCAAAUACGUUUAUGCCCAUGAUAACACUGAUCGAUUAAGAACCCGCGCAAUUCUUUCGCACAUUUAUCAUCAUGCCCUUCAUGAUAACUGGUUCCAAGCUCGCGACUUGAUUCUAAUGUCGCAUCUUCAAGAAACCAUUCAACAUUCUGAUCCAGCUACUCAGAUUUUAUACAAUCGUACGAUAGCUCAUCUAGGAUUAUGUGCAUUCCGUCAUGCGAAUAUUAAAGAUUCUCACAAUUGCUUGGUCGAUCUGAUGGUGACAGGCAAAGUGAAGGAACUUCUGGCACAGGGUCUGCUUCCGCAACGACAGCACGAGCGUAGCAAGGAACAGGAAAAAAUCGAGAAGCAAAGACAAAUGCCUUUCCAUAUGCACAUUAAUCUGGAGCUUUUGGAAUGUGUAUACCUCGUUUCAGCAAUGCUCAUCGAAAUUCCAUAUAUGGCUGCGCACGAAUUUGAUGCGAGACGUAGAAUGAUCUCAAAGACAUUCUAUCAGCAACUGAGAUCCAGCGAACGUCAAUCGUUGGUUGGACCUCCAGAAUCUAUGAGGGAGCACGUCGUUGCUGCUGCCAAGGCGAUGCGUAACGGAAAUUGGUUCGCCUGCAACAACUAUAUUAUAAAUGAAAAAAUGAACGCAAAAGUGUGGGAUCUCUUCCAUCAAGCAGACAAAGUGCGAGCGAUGUUGACGCGAUUAAUCAAGGAAGAGGCAUUGAGGACUUAUUUAUUCACAUACUCGCAUGUGUACGACUCGAUCUCGAUGCCAAAACUUGCUAAUAUGUUCCAGCUGAAGCGACCAAUAGUACAUUCGAUUAUCAGUAAAAUGAUCAUUAAUGAAGAACUUAUGGCAUCUUUGGACGAUCCAACUGGAACCGUAGUUAUGCACCGAAGCGAACCAAGCCGUCUUCAGUCGUUGGCAUUGCAAUUGACAGAUAAAGUCAACAAUUUUGUAGAUUCGAAUGAGCGUAUCUUCGAAAUGAAGCAAGGUAAUUUCUUCUCGAGAGGAAACCAAGGCAACUUUCGUGAUCGUCAGAAUUACAAUCGUCAGGGACAGGACUGGGGUCGGCAAAGGCGUGAUCGCGAGCGCGAUCGUGAUCGCAAUCGGGAUGACAAUCGAAAUUAUUAAGUACAUCAAAAUAUUAAUAUCGAAAUUUCAGGUGUUAAACAUUGCAAUGUUGAAGCAUCAAUACAUAAAUAAUACCGAUGACAGAAACAAUUGUAUCUCGUUAAGAUGUCGCAAAAUUAUUUGCGUUUUUCUUGACAAAAAAGAUAUUACACAUAAUUUAUAUAAAAUAAUCUGUUUAUUA